AUGCCUUCUACGCGGGACGUUUUCAAAGACAAUCUACUGGAAAACAAGGUCGCCUUUGUUGUCGGUGGUGGCUCUGGGAUCUGUAAAGGAAUAGCCAGAGCUCUUGCAGAACAUGGAUGCGACAUUGUAAUCUGCUCAAGACGCCAGAACCUCUUGGAGGAAUCAGCCUCGGAAAUCCAAGCAGCAACAGGCCGUAAAUGCAUUCCCAUCGCCGCAGAUAUUCGCAUCUACUCCCAAAUCGAAUCAGCAUUGAACAAGGCUGCCUCCUUACUCGGCAAGAUCGAUUUCGUAAUAGCAGGAGCAGCAGGAAACUUUCUAUCCCCAGCCAACAAACUCUCUGCAAAUGGAUUUAAAGCUGUGAUUGAUAUUGACGUGAAUGGAACGUUUAAUACGUGUCGAGCCGCGUUUGAGCAUUUGGAGAAGAGUCGAGGUGUUAUUAUUGCGCUGUCAGGAGUCAACCAUCGACGUGUUGCAUCGAAUCAAGUGCAUGGCUCGGCAGGAAAGAAUGGAGUUGAUUCGAUUGUCAAGAGUUGUGCUGUUGAGUGGGGAGAGUACGGAAUUCGUGUAAAUGGGAUUGCACCGGGACCUAUCUCGAAUACGGAAGGGAUGAAAAGGUUGGCUGGUAACAGACCUCUUGGAGACAGUGGGUUACCAUUGGCUCAUAAUGGAGAGAUACUUGAUAUUGAGUAUGCGGCAGUCUUCUUGUGCUCUGAAGCUGCAAGGUGGAUUACUGGAGCUACGUUCAUUGUUGAUGGAGGUGCAAGUCUUUCUGGUGCAGGUAGAAUCAUACCUGCUGCUAAACUAUGA